UAAUUGACGAAUGGGCGUGGCUAUAGAUCUCUGGGUUCGGAUUGGUCGGCGCGGUGUUGCCAGUGCAGUCGUGAGAACGGGUCGUGUUGGUUUCAGAAGUCAUCAUGGCGCUCACUUCCCCAGUCAAAGAGCACCCAUAUAGCCAUCUAAUCGACACACUGAAAGAUGGCGGGAUCAAGUUCUUCAAUCCACAGAAAUUAAAUGAUCCAAGAUAUGACAAGCUGCCUCUGUCCAUCCGUGUCUUACUGGAGGCAGCAAUUCGUAACUGUGAUGGCUUUUACACAAAAGAGGAAGACGUCCAGAACAUCCUGGAUUGGCAGCAGCAGCAGAAUAAAGCCGAGGUGCCGUUUUCUCCAGCGCGAGUCCUUCUCCAGGACUUCACUGGUAUUCCUGCCAUGGUGGACCUGGCAGCCAUGAGGGACGCUGUGGCCAAACAUGGCGUGGACCCCUGCCUGAUCAACCCUAAAUGCCCCACAGACCUCAUUGUAGACCACUCAUUACAGAUUGAUUAUAGCAGAUGUGCCAUACAGAAUGCUCCAAACCCAGGUGGAGGGGACGGCCCAAACCAGAGCCAGGGUCCUUCUCGUUCCACGACCUCCAGGCCUCUGUCCAGAGGUGGCUCACAGUGCAGGGGCCAGCGGGGCUCCUGUAGCAAAGCUGUGUGCAGUGACCCUCCAGCCUCCUCAGGUCGACCUCCAGCUUCUGUCCAGCAGAUCGAGAACACACCUCUCCUCUGCCCUUUCCACCUGCAGCCUGUGUCUGAAACUGAAACAGCUCUGAAGAAUCAGGAAAUGGAACUGAUCAGAAACAAAGAGAGGCUUCAGUUCUUUAAGUGGUGUUCAAAAGCAUUUAAGAAUGUGAACGUGGUUCCUCCGGACUUUGGUGCAGUCCACCAGGUGAAUCUGGAGUAUCUGUCCAGAGUGGUCCAGGUCAGCGACGGUUUCAUCUACCCUGACAGUGUGGUGGGAACCGAUUCACACACCACCAUGAUCAAUGGCCUGGGCAUCCUGGGCUGGGGUGUUGGGGGAAUCGAGUCAGAAGCUGUGAUGCUGGGCCAGCCAGUGUCUCUGACCCUUCCUCAGGUGGUGGGCUGUAAACUGGUGGGCUCCAUCAACCCUCUGACCACCUCCAUAGACAUCGUCCUCGGCAUCACUAAGCACUUGCGGCAAGCUGGGAUCGCUGGGAAGUUUGUAGAGUUUUUUGGACCUGGUGUCUCCCAGCUAUCAGCUCCUGACCGAACCACCAUCGCCAACAUGUGCCCAGAGUACAACGCUACUGCCAGCUUCUUCCCUGUCGACCAAGUCACACUCAAGCACUUUAAAAAGACAAAUUUUACCCAGGAAAAACUUGAAUUGCUGGAGUCUUACAUGAAGGCUGUAAAACUUUUCCGAAGCUAUGAAGACGCCUCAACAGACCCGCUGUAUUCUGAGGUGAUUGAGAUCAACCUGAGUUCCAUGGUGCCCUGUGUGAGCGGACCGAAGAGGCCUCAGGACCGAGUGGCAGUCAGCAGCAUGAGAGAAGACUUCCAGAGUUGUCUUGAUGAGAAGGUUGGCUUCAAAGGCUUCCACAUCUCUAAGGAGAAGCAGGACAUCCGGGUUCCUUUCCUGCACUGUGGCCAGGAGUAUCAGCUGGCGCACGGCUCGGUGGUCAUCGCUGCUGUUAUCAGCUGCACCAACAACUGCAACCCGUCUGUCAUGCUGACUGCAGGUCUACUGGCCAAAAAGGCUGUGGAGGCGGGGCUUGUUGUCAAGCCUUAUAUUCGGACCAGUCUGGCUCCUGGAAGUGGCAUGGUCACGCACUACCUCAACACCAGUGGAGUCCUGCCUUACUUUAGCCAGCUGGGGUUUGAAGUGAUUGGUUACGGCUGUGCCACCUGUGUAGGGAACACAGCUCCGUUACCAGAAGCUGUCGUGGAUGCAAUCAAACAAGGGGACCUGGUGGCCUGCGGUGUGCUAUCUGGCAACAGGCACUUUGAAGGCCGCCUGUGCGACUGCGUGCGUGCCAACUACCUGGCCUCCCCUCCCCUGGUGGUGGCUUAUGCUCUUGCGGGCACUGUGGGAAUUGACUUUGAAAAGGAGCCUCUGGGUGUGACUUCAGAGGGGAAGGAGGUGUACCUCUGUGACAUCUGGCCGUCCAGGGAGGAGGUCCAACAGACUGAAGAGGACACAGUCAUCUCCUCCAUUUUUAAGGAUCUCAGGGGAAGGAUGGAGCAAGGGAACACAUUUUGGAACAACAUUGAAUGUCCGGACUCUGUGGUUUUCCCCUGGGAUCACAAGUCCACAUAUAUCCGCUCGCCGUCUUUCUUCAGCAAGUUGAGUAAAGAGGUGCCACCUCCUCAGUCGAUAGAGAACGCUCAUGUCUUAUUGUUCCUCGGGAACAAAGUGACCACAGACCACAUCUCACCAGCGGGCAGCAUUGCCAGGGUCAGCGCCGCUGCCAAGUACUUGCUCAGCAAACGCCUGACACCGCGGGAGUUUAACUCAUAUGGCGCUCGCAGAGGGAACGACGCAGUGAUGACCAGAGGCACGUUCGCCAGCAUCAAGCUCCAAAAUCGAUUCAUCGGCAAACCGGGCCCUAAGACUUUGCACAUUCCUUCAGGCCAGACACUGGAUGUCUUCGAGGCAGCUGAACGCUAUCAGAGAGACGGCAUUCCCCUCAUCAUCCUGGCAGGCAAAGACUACGGCUCUGGAAACUCCAGGGACUGGGUAGCCAAAGGACCGUACCUGCUGGGGGUACGUGCGGUCAUCGCUGAGAGCUUUGAGAAGCUGCACAAGAACCAGCUGGUGGGAAUGGGCAUCAUGCCGCUGCAGUUCCUGCCCGGCCAGAACGCAGACUCACUUGAGCUCAGCGGGAAGGAGAGGUUCGCCAUCACCCUGCCAGACAGCCUGAGUCCGAGGCAGCAGCUCACUGUCAAGACUAGCCAAGGAAAGUCCUUCUUUGUCACCGCACUGUUUGACACUGAGAUGGACGUUAUCUUUUUCCAACACGGAGGGCUCCUUAGAUAUGUUGCUCGGACUUUGCUCUGAAACAGCCUGCAGCCCGGCCCCGAGCCCACAGAAUGUGCCCUACGUUCAUGAACAGCAGCCCUCAUCUUUUCACCAGUUUGUCUUCAGCAUGGACGAAAAACAGCUCAUCGGAGCAACAUAACGGCUGACGAAUCGUCGGGAGUCACGAGACGUCAGUUUUCAGACCUGUACAUGAAAUGCAUCUCCGUCACUACACAUGGCUGUUUCUGCAUUUGCAACAGCAGCAUUUUCUCCUCACGAGACAGUCAAAACAAGCGCAGGAAGAAGCGGGGACAUUCAGUUUGCAGAGUACUGACAGCUCUUUCAUCGUGGAGUUGAGCCAAGAAGAAAUUAAUCCUGUCUGCUUCUGUUGUUGUUUAAUAAAAAAAACCUAAACAAUCCUGUCUAGAGAGGCUAACAUGGUGCUAGGUACUAUGGCAUGAAUACGUUGUUUUUUAGGGUGCAGUAAAGCUUGUUUUUCCCCAACAUCCAAGUAAACUCUAAUUUUGUGAAUUUCAAAAAUUUGCAGAAUUGAUGUCACUUGCCCAUAUUUCUUAUUGGGGCCAAACAGUCUUGUGUACAUUUCUGUUGAUAUUUCUUUAAUCAAAUUGCCUUUUGCAAAAAGUACAAUUGCCUCCUUAUACAAUCAAUUUUUAUUAUGUGGAAAAUGUGAAAUCCCCCUUUUUGCUGUUGCUUGUAUCACUAAGCUCCCUACAUAAAGAUGUCUCCGACUACAACGAAUAGUCUUCUGCAUCACAUUAAAGGUAAAUUAUAAAAGUU